GUUAGAGAAAUAGCAGCAAAAGCACUUGUACCAUUAAUCACAACAAAUGAUUUAAUUUCAAAAUGUAUUGAAUUGCUGAAUGGAUGUGAAUUAUUUAAUCAAAAUGAAUUACAUGGAAGAUUAAUUCAAAUAAAAUAUUUGUUAAAAGGGCAUUUAGAAAAUAAUUUUUGUGGAUUUAAUAUUAUGAAAGAAUUUAUAGAAAAAUUUUCCAAAGUUUUCAAAUCUGAAUUUUAUCUUUUAACUAAAGAAAAUCCAUGUCAAAUCACUAGAAACUUAUUACUAGAAAUAAUUUAUGUUUUUAUUAUUAAUGAUGAUUGGAUAUAUAAUGAAAAAGAUUUAAUUAAACAAAAUGAGCUUUUUGAAUUGAUCAAAGAAAAGUUUUCAGAAUUGAGAAAAUCAAUUUUUUAUUUAUCAUAUUCAGAAUUAUUAUCAUUACCAACUAACGAUCAUAUUAUGUUUGAUGAAGAUUAUUAUAAGAAUAAUAUUGGAUAUUAUCUUGUUAAAAAACAAAUGAUAAAGAUAAUAGUUAAAUCAUUGAUUAAUAAUAGUCAAGAAAAAAAUAUUUAUUAUGAUGAGAAAGAAAUUGAUCAACAAAAAAUUAUUAUUGAUAUUAUAAAAGAAACCAAUUAUUAA